AUCUGCUUCCUCUGAGACGAUGACUCUGGAGCUCUGAUCUUCAUCACUGGGGUUACCUCAGCAUCCAGACUCUUACAACACGUCUUAUCUAAACUACAAAGCAAACACAAAGGGACAGGUCAGAUGUUACAUUAUGUGCAGAAUCAUUCGGCGGGAGUCGAUAAUAACAUGAUGAUGAAGAUGGCGGAGGAAGUGACAGGCACCGUGAAAUGUCCCGUCUGCGCUGGGGAUUUUAAGUCCAGUGAAAUUAACUCUCACUUGGAUAAAUGUUUGGACAACGAGGAGGAUUUCCGAGCCAGUGACGGACCUCCGGCUAAAAAGUCCCGCGAUAGCAGCGAGGCUAAAAGCAGCUCUGGAGCUGUUGAAGCUGGAGCUGGGGCUAGUGGAGCGGAAGUGAAAGCUAAUCGAGCUGCAGGUGCCGUGUUUUCAGUGUUCAACAACAAGAAGCCGUUUUCAUCCACCAAACAGCCGGCUGCUGAAGAAGGUAUGACACGCGGUACCUCGUCGCCUCGCAACGCGCACGCAAGCGCCACACUUCCGGGUUUGGAUUCAGGAAACCGAAAGCAUUGUGAUGAAGCUGAGAUGCUGAACCAAAAGCUGCUGAGCUCGGACAAGCCUCUGGCCGAGAAGAUGAGGCCCAGCACCCUGGAGGAGUACUUUGGUCAGAAUAAAGUGUUAGGAGAACAGACACUGCUCAGGGCUCUGCUGCAGUCACAGGAAGUUCCCUCUCUGAUCCUGUGGGGACCUCCGGGAUGUGGAAAGACGACUCUGGCCCACAUCAUUGCCAGCUCCAGUAAAAAGAAAGGCACGGCUCGCUUCGUGACUCUCUCAGCCACCAGCACGUCGACUAGUGAGGUGCGAGAGGUGAUCAAACAGGCACAGAACGAGCUCCGACUCUGCAAGCGGAAAACCAUCCUCUUCAUUGAUGAGAUACAUCGCUUUAACAAAUCCCAACAGGACACCUUUCUUCCUCACGUGGAGUGCGGGACGAUCACGCUGAUCGGAGCAACCACAGAGAACCCGUCCUUUCAGGUGAACAGUGCUCUGCUGAGCCGCUGCAGGGUUCUGGUCCUUGAGAAGCUGAGCGUGUCGGCGAUGAGCUCGAUAUUACGCCGGGCCGUGGAUUCACUAGGGCUGAUUGUGUUGCCAGACGACUGCUCAGGACCGGACUGCUCGGCAGAGAGACAGGUGUGUAUCGAGCAGAAGGCCCUGGACACCAUCGCUCACCUGUGUGACGGAGACGCUCGAGCGGCUCUCAACGGCCUACAGCUGGCCGUGCAGGCGUGUGUGAACAAGACCCUCAGCGCAGAAACACACACUCCUCAGAAGACCGUGGUCCAGGAGCAGCAUGUCAAAGAGGGUUUACAGAGAUCUCACAUCCUCUACGACAAAGCAGGUGAGGAACACUACAACUGCAUCUCAGCCCUGCAUAAGUCAAUGAGGGGUUCAGAUGAAAACGCUGCCCUCUACUGGCUGGGCCGGAUGUUGGAGGGAGGUGAGGACCCGUUGUACGUGGCACGCAGGCUGGUGCGCUUCGCUAGUGAGGACGUAGGUUUGGCUGAUCCUGCUGCACUCCCUCAGGCCGUGUCUGCGUUCCAAGCCUGCCACUUCAUCGGCAUGCCUGAGUGCGAGGUGAUCCUAGCACAGUGUGUGCUCUACCUGGCCAGGGCUCCUAAGUCUAUCGAAGUGUAUAAUGCUUAUAACAGUGUUAAGGCCUGUCUGAGGAACCACAAAGGCCCGUUACCCCCAGUGCCGCUUCACCUCCGCAAUGCUCCCACCAAGCUAAUGAAGGAGCUAGGCUACGCUAAAGGCUACAAAUACAAUCCAGCAUUCAAAGGGCCAGUGGACCAAGAAUAUCUCCCUGAGGAACUCCGCGGCAUCAACUUUUUCACCUGGACACCAUCUGACUGAUGAACUCAUACCACUUUUUGUACGUGGGAGUGUUAGCUGCUAUAUUUACACUUUUAUUGUCUAACUAAUAAUCAUACAAUUUGCACUUAAAUGUCAUGUGUGGCUUUUGUUCAUGAUUUCUGUUCUUUCUCGCUUUUGCACUAUUGUUUUUUGUAAUUAGCAUACUGUAAAGCUUAAUUGUACUUAAUUGUAAUUAAAUAACUUUACUUAAAAAAAGACAUUUUUCUUGUUUUGUCA